AUGGCGAAAGCGUUUCUUCUCGGACUUUGCGUCUUCUUUGCCGCGUUCGCCUUUGGCAGAGGCCUUAAAGGUGCUAUGGAGCAAAUUCUUGAAGCCAACAUGAAUCCAGACCCACAUCACAGCCCUCCCGGCAAGCAUUUGCCCUACUAUCAAGGAGACAUUCGUCUAACAAAGAAACAACAGGAAAAUUUAAAGAAAUAUGGCGACCCGUCCAAAAGCUCGGCUGACUCUCGUGCAGCUAGCAGUGUGGACAGUGAACGCUGGCCUAAUGCUAUCAUCCCCUACACAUUUGACUGCUCGAUAGGAAACAUGGAAAGUGCUGUUCGCUCUGUGAAAAAUGCCAUAAAGCAGUGGGAACGUAAAACUUGCUUGCGGUUUGUGCCCAGGACGAAUGAAAAGGCUUACUUGGAAUUCUUUAAGGACCAGGGCUGUUGGGGUCACGUGGGCCACCAUGGUUACAAGACUCAGAUCUCUAUCGGUAGCGACUGUGAUUUCACUCACGUGAUGGUGCACGAGAUCGGACAUUCAGUUGGGUUCUGGCACGAGCAGAGCAGACCGGACCGAGACAGUUACAUUCAGGUUAUAUGGGCGAACGUCCUGGAUGGUCUCGAAGACGCUUUCGCCAAAAGGAAAUGGGGAACUGAAGUUGUUGAUUAUGGCGUGCCGUAUGAUUUCGAGUCCAUCAUGCACUACCCGUUUACGGCUUUCUCCAAAAAUGGCAAACCCACCAUCCGUAACGUAGUGCCAAUGAAUGGAAAGGUCCCGUACGUGGAGCUGAGUGACGGCGACGCGCAACAAACCAAUGCAAUGUACAAAUGUAACGUUGUUAUGAGAAAAAGAGCCAUUGAUGACUUCAGUUCGUUCAGACCAGCUCCACGCCUCCAGAAACGCUCUAAUUUGUGUAAGGACGACGCGGACACAUCAAGUUGUCAAUCAUGGAAGAGUGCGGGGUACUGUCAGAACCAACCUGACGCCAUGCACACGUGGUGUAAAGUCACGUGCAAUCUCUGUAGCAGCGAUUCCUGUAUCGAUAGAAACGGUAAUUGUCCAGCAUGGAAGCAAAGUGGAGCUUGCCAGACCGAUCCAGACAUCAUGAAAGACUGGUGCCUUCACUCAUGCGAUCUUUGCAACGUCCCACCGACCCAGGCUCCCACUCCACCCACCCCUCCUCCUCAAACGCCUCAGCCAACACCACCCACCCAGCCUCCACAGCCUCCAACAGGCACAGGCAGCCCAACUGUACCACCCACUUCCAGUCCAUCAGCAAAUGCAACAGGUCUUCGUUGUGUGGACAAAUCAAGCAAUUGCCCAAGUUACUCAUUAUCACAAUGCGAGCAUUCAGGGUGGAUACUUAGGAAUUGUCGUAAGACUUGCAAAGCGAAAUGUGACGCUGGACCUCUCAGACCUGAAGGUUCCUGCGCUGAACCACUCGGUCUCGGUUGGGAUAACAAACUCCCUGACAGUGCAUUUACUGCCUCAACCGAGUUAAGUCCAGGUGGCGGCUGGUGGGCGUUGGCAAGCAACGCUCGUCUUUAUUUUGAAGAUGAUUACGACAACAAACGAAUCGGUAGCUGGUGCGCAGUGGAUCGGAACCCACAGUGGCUGAGAAUCGAUCUAGGACAAAUGAAGACCAUUACUGGAAUCGCUACACAAGGACGUGAUGUGUUUGUUGAGCACGUAAAGAAGUACGAACUUGCUUUCAGCACUGAUGGAACGAACUUUCAGAAUUACCAAGAGAAUGGGAGAUCGAAGGUGUUUGAUGGUAAUUGUGACAACUUCACUCCAGUUCUAAACAGGUUUAGCCCUGUUAAAGCUCGUUAUGUCAAGGUCCUUCCUCACGACAGCCCCUCAACCUGGGUCUGCAUGAGGGUAGAACUGUACGGCUGUGAGGCUUGA